AUGGUUACUGGAGGCAAUCUUUCAGUAUCUUGCUUUAAACAAGAUGUAAAAUCAGUUAGAGGCCUCAUUGUCCUUCUCUUGUUGAUUCUCUGUUUGACAACAAUUGAGAAAUGUUGUGGAUAUUACUACACAAUGAAUACUGUUGGUACCUUCACUUCUGGAACCACCUUGUAUCAAAUGGACAAGUCCAAAUUCUUCGCUAACAGAUUCUACGUAGCAACAAGUGGAGGUCUUCAGUAUUUCACUGUAUCAAGUGGUGUGGCAAAUCCAAGUAAUUCUUAUGUGUAUAGUGGUGGGUUUCAAACUACCAGUAUGGCAAAUGUUGUUGUCAGAAGUACAUCAUCAAGUAAAGAUGAUGUUUUUUCUGGUACCAUUAACACCUCCACUUGGAGGUAUGGUUCAAUAGCCAGUUCAACCACUACUGGUAAUUCACUCACCAGUUGUGGCGUUAUUGUUGCUGGUGUAAAACUCGAUGCAAGCUCUACAACUUUUUCUGUGAUUGGCAAUGGUGUUGUGGGUACAUUAACAAUGACAACAGGUGGUAGUGCAUCUUGUUCUGCAGUUACCUCAUUUACAGGAGUUUCUGGCACAAGUACCACGCCAUCUACUGAUGGCACAGGUAGCGCAGCUACUGUUUACUCUAGUGGUACUCAUGACAUUACCAAAAAUUCAACAUCUGGUGUUUAUUAUUUUACUGAGGAUUCAAAGAUUAGAAAGGUUGUUUCAACUACUAUCACAACUCUGGUAGGAGGAACUACUGGUACAGUGACAGAUGGUACUCUCUCCUCUGCUACAGUUAAAAAUCCAAGUUUCAUGUCCAUCUUGGGUGCAGGUCUUGUAUUUUCGGAUACUGGUAGUAAUAGAAUUAGAGUUUUGGAUACAGCCAAUGAAGAAGUUGUUACUAUUGCUGGUGGUGGCUCAACUACCCCAUCAGGUACUGCUUCACUAUCUGGUGCAGCAACAGGUUUUUCUUUAACUAGCCCAAGAGGCAUUUAUGUGGACACUGAUGACAGUAUUUAUUUUGUUGAAGGAAUUUAUGUUAGAAAGCUUGUCUAUUCUUGUGAAGCAAAUGAAAUUUAUCAAGCAGGCUCAUUCCCACCAUGUGCUUGUAAUACUACUGCUGGUUAUGUGAGAUCUGGAACUUCUUGCGUACCUACCUGUUCCAAUUGUAAUGUCAAUCAAACAUGUACUGGUCCAGAAACUUGUUCUUGUAAGAGUGGAUAUUCAGGAACAGAUUGUUCUGCUUUUACCUGUUUUGGUGUAGCUCAAGAUUCUACAUCUGUUUGUAAUUCUAAAGGAUAUUGUGUUGCACCUGACACGUGUAUAUGUAGUGAUACCUCCACUUUCUUUGGGUCAAAUUGUAAUGUGACUUAUUGUAAUUCUAUUCCAUCAACGAGUGGUAGUGUUUGUUCAGGACAUGGAAGUUGUACUGAUUAUAAUACUUGUACUUGUAGUGAUACCAAUUCAUGGACAGGAUCUGAUUGUGGAACACCUGUAUGUGCAGUUGUGAGUGGAGGUGUUUGUUCUGGAAGAGGUAGUUGUACAGCUCCAAAUAUUUGCACUUGUAAUGAACCAUCAAAAUAUGGUGGAUCUUCAUGUGAAAUUCCAAAAUGUAAUGGAACACUUCAAGGCAAUUCUGGUGUUUGCAAUGGAAGAGGUUCUUGUAUUGAUGUUGAUACUUGUCAAUGCACUGUUCCAACCUCUUGGGGUGGUUCAUUCUGUGAAAAACCAUACUGCUCUGGAAUUUUACAAGGUGCAGCUGGUGUUUGUUCAAAUAGAGGAGUUUGUUCAUCUCCUGAUUCUUGUGUUUGUAAUGAACAAACAAAGUAUGGUGGUUCAAAUUGUCAACUUGUCAAAUGUGGAGGUUAUUUGGAAACAGACUCUGCUGUUUGUAACAAGAAUGGUUCAUGUAUUGCUGUUGAUACUUGUUCCUGUAAUUCAAAUUAUGGUGGUUCAGAUUGUCAAUAUCCAAAGUGUAAUGGCAUUGCUUCGAAUAGUGGUAGUGUUUGUAAUUCACAAGGAUCAUGUGUUGCACCAAAUGUUUGUGUCUGUAAUUCAAAUUAUGCUGGACCAUUAUGCGAAUAUCCAAAAUGUAAUGGCGUAGCUUCCAAUGAUGCAAGUGUUUGCAAUUCGAAUGGAACUUGUACUGGUGUUAAUACUUGUGUUUGUAAUGUUAACUAUACAGGAUCAUAUUGUCAAUAUCCAAAAUGUAAUGGAAUAUCUUCCAAUGAUGCAAGUGUUUGUAAUAACAAAGGUGGUAAUUGUAUUGCACCAAAUGUUUGUUCAUGUAAUUCAAGUUAUACUGGUCAAUUCUGUCAAUUCCCAAAGUGUAAUGGUAUUGGAUCCAAUGAUGCAAGUGUUUGUAAUGCAAAUGGUACUUGUAUUGGAAUUAAUGUUUGUUCAUGCAAUUCAAAUUAUGCUGGUCCAUAUUGUCAAUAUCCAAAAUGUAAUGGUAUUGCUUCAAAUAGUGGUAGUGUUUGUAAUUCACAAGGAUCAUGUGUUGCACCAAAUGUUUGCGCCUGUAAUUCAAAUUAUGCUGGUACAUAUUGUGAUAAACCAAGAUGUGGAACCUUUUAUAAGGGAGAUGCUUCUGUUUGUAAUUCGAGAGGUAGUUGUGAUGCUGUUGAUAGUUGUACUUGUAGUGAUACAUCUUCUUGGGGUGGUAAUUUGUGUCAAUAUCCAAAAUGUAAUGGUGUUCUUUCAAAUAUUGGAACUGUUUGUAGCAGUAGAGGUACUUGUCAAUCUCCAAACAAUUGUUCAUGCACUGAUCCAAAUUCAUAUGGUGGUUCAUAUUGUGAAAAAGCAAAAUGUUAUGGAAUUCUUCAAGGAGAUUCAAAUGUUUGCAGUGGACAUGGUACUUGUAGUGGUGUGAAUCAAUGUUCAUGCAGUGCUGGAUAUGGAGGUGAACAAUGUCAAUAUCCAAAAUGUUUCAAUAUUUUGAGUAAUGAAACAACAGUUUGUAACAAUAGAAACGGUACUUGUACUGCACCUGACACUUGUUCAUGUAAUAAUGGAUGGACUGGAAGCAAGUGUGAUGUUGCCAUUUGUUUUUCAAUUCUCUCCAAUUCAACAAGUGUUUGUUCAAACAAGAGAGGUAAUUGUGUCACACCAGAUAAUUGUGUUUGUAAAAGUCAAUAUUCAGGUUCUCAAUGUGAAUAUACCACUUGUUCUGGAAUAAGAUCAGAUCAACAUCGACAAGGUGUUUGUUCCAAACCAAAUACAUGUAGACCAUUAGAUCCCGUAUGUUAUGGUAAAGCUCAGAAUAAUUCAAUGGUUUGCAGUGGAAAUGGAGCAUGUGUUGAUUGGGAUUAUUGUGAAUGUAAAACUGGUUUCAAUGGAAAUGAAUGUCAAAAUUGGGAAUGUUAUGGAAAGAAUUAUACCAACUCAAAUGUUUGUAACAAUAGAAAUGGUACCUGUUCAUCUGUGAAUAAUUGUGUUUGCAACAGUGGAUGGUAUGGAAAUGAAUGUACAGUUCCAAUUGACACAAGUAAUGUUUGUUCAGGAAGAGCAGAAUGUAUUGGUUAUAACAAGUGUAAUUGUGACACUUCCAAGUAUAGUGGUUCACAAUGUGAAUAUUUCAAAUGUUUUGGUAUUCCAUCAAAUGAUGCUUCAGUUUGCAGCAGAAACGGAACAUGCUCUGGAGUGAAUCAAUGUUCUUGUAAUUAUGGUUAUGGUUCUUCAAAUUGUGACAUUUUCACAUGUUCAAACGUUCUUGCCACCGAUUCGAGUGUUUGCACUGGAAAGGGUGUAUGUUAUGGAAUUGACAAGUGUUCAUGUGAUUCAGGAUAUUUUGGAUCAAAUUGUGAAAUUAUCUCCUGUUAUGGAAUUCCAAAGUCCAACAAUACUGUAUGUGGAGGAGUUGGUGAAUGUUCACAACUUGAUACAUGUGUUUGUGGAAGCAAUUAUAGAGGAUCAAUGUGUGAAUUAUCUUACACCUCUUCAUCUCAAGCAACACUUCAAUUCAAUAAUACGAAUGAAUAUGUGAAUGAACAAUUCACAAGCAUGGCCACUUUGACAAUUAAUAAUCCUCUCUUCGGUCAAUAUUAUUUGAGAAGAAGUGUUCAAGUUGUUGUUUCAUUUGAAAUUAAUUCACAAUUCAGUUAUUCUGAAACACUUUAUAUUGAAAAUGGAGUUUCAUCUGUUUCAUUAAUGGUGAAAUCGUUGAGUCAAACUGGUACAUUGAAAGCAUCUGCUCAAUUAAUUGAUAAUAGUACAUUAAUUUCCAUUUCAGAUAGCAUUCAAUCUUCAAAUAGCAUUACAAUUCAAAAUAGACCUAUUGUUGUUCCAUCCACAACGACAUCCACAAUCAAACCAACAACCUCUGCACAAACAAGUAGAGCUGUUAUCGAUACAGGAAGUAAUGGUGGAGCCAUUGCAGCUGGUAUCAUUGUUCCAGUGGCAGUUAUUGGAAUUGGAGGUGGUGUCACUGCAGCCAUUGUCACAGCAGUUGUUUUGUUAAAGAAGAAGGCUGCUGCAGCUGCUGCCAAAGAAAUUACACAUGCUCAACACGUCAAUGUUGAACUAGCUGAAGGUUUCUAA